AUGCCCAGAAGGGCUUCUAGUCUCACAGGAACGCGCACAUCGCGGAUGCAUCAGAUUCGCGGCAGAUGCGUGAUCUGCACGUCGACGUUCGUCUCAAACAAUAUCGCUGCCUUGCAAUGUGGUCACACAUUUCAUUUCGACUGUGUCAGCAAAUGGGUCGAGCGUUCGAAAACAUGUCCAAACUGUAGAGUUCGUACUACUGAGCGGCAGAUCAUAAAACACCUAUUCUUCGACAGCCCGGACGAGUUCAAUUCCACGCAGUUAAUCAAUAGUGAUGUUCAGGUCGAAACACUAUCAAUAGCGUUAGAGAAAGAGAGGAGUGACCAUCUUGAAGCUCAGGAAGAAGUACGAAAACUCAAGGACAGCGUAUCGACUCUUCAAGCAAAGCUAGAGAGAGAAAGAAGUCGAUUUCGCGAGAAAGUUCCAUCGUUAGAAGCUAGGAACAGGCAGUUGGAGAUGAUGCUCGUCAAUCAACAGGAGCUUGAGAAAACUCUAGAAACUACGAAGAAUAGACUACGGGCUUGCGAAUUUUACAAGGCCGUCACCGCGGGAAAAGAUGAAAAUGCCAUAGACAAAUACAUCGGAGAUAAUGGCUCUUUGGAAGUUGGACAAUUUCUAAACAUUUUGAGAAGGCAGCUGAAGGAAACGCGAAACAUGCAGGUUUCUCUAACAAAAGACUUGCGUUCCGAACGAGAACAGCUUAGAAAAUCGAAGAAAAAGGAAAAUGAAUUGAAGAAUGUAGUAAAGGCACUUGAACGAGAGCUUCGGGAUGUUCGCAGUGCUGCCAACAUGAGCACUUCUACUCCAUUUAAUCCCAAGCUUAGAAGUUUAGCGCUGGAUCAAAGCCCUUCAAAAAGGAGUUCCUUGGGUUUUAAUGAGUCCAUAGAGCUCAACGUUGAUGUCAUUUCUUCUGCUUUGAAGCGACGGGUUAAUCAUGUUCCCUUUCAUGAAAGGCCGGGUCCAAGUGAGAACGUUCAACCCCUUUUGCUCGACAUGUCGGAUGAUGAUGAGGUUUUCAAUACAUCUGCUGCUGACGUUUCACUCCAAUAUCCUGCUUCUCUCGACAAAAUAGCAAGUCCCCGUGUUCCAAAAACUUUGCGAGAAAGAGUCGCUGCAGGGUCGGGGAACAAUCGUACAAAACUCUUAGGAGGAGUCCACAGCGCUGCUGAGAAGGCGUUGGAAAAUUUGGAGUUGAGGAAAGUUUCGGCUUCUGAAUUGGGAAGGAAACCACUGGCGAAGAGAAAAAUUAUUGAAAACUCCUCAGCAAAUCAGCGCCUUUCUCAAUUCUUCAAUAAGAAGUUCAAAAGUGAUGAAGUUAUUAAUUUGGAAGAUUAA